UGGUCCAAAACCAGAGAAGCUGAGCCAUAUCAUACUAGAUCCUGCUGCUGCUGCUUCUGCUUCUGCUUCUUCUUUCCCCCUUUUCUCACUCCCACUCUUGAAACUUGGCUCACUCUCUCACCCCCCAAAAGAAACCACCAACAAACACUUCACCAAAUCCCCAACAAACUCAGUUACUUCAUUGCAAGCUCUAUAAGUCUAUAACACUGUUAAUUCCACCAGAGAAAGAAACAAUCACCCCCACGAAGCAAGCAAAGCAACCCAUUACGAUUCCUGCUUAAAGCACCGAUUUUGACACUGAAUCCCAAGACCCAGAUGGCGCAAUAGCCAGAUCCGUGAUUCUCCUCAAAUGGGUCACUCCAAUUCUUCCUCCUCCUCGUCACCUUCCAAGCGCGGCCACGCGCUGCGGCAAUGGCGGCUCCUGGACUUGGUCUCCGGCGUGUUCUUCUUCCUGGUGCUGCUCUUCUUCACCAUGGUCUUUACCCCGCUCGGUGACUCGCUCGCCGCCUCCGGCCGCCAGACGCUGCUCCGCUCCGGCGCCGACCCGCAGCAGCGCCACCGCCUCGUGGCGGCGAUCGAGGCGGGUGGACGCGGCGUGGAGGCGUGCCCCGCUGCGGACGCGGACCACAUGCCGUGCGAGGAUCCGAGGCUGAACAGCCAGCUGAGCAGGGAGAUGAACUACUACAGGGAGAGGCACUGCCCCAGGCCGGAGGACUCGCCCCUAUGCUUGAUUCCGCCGCCCCAUGGGUACCGGGUGCCGGUGCCGUGGCCGGAGAGCUUGCACAAGAUAUGGCACAGCAACAUGCCAUACAACAAGAUUGCUGACAGGAAAGGUCACCAGGGAUGGAUGAAACUAGAAGGUCAACACUUUAUAUUCCCUGGUGGUGGUACGAUGUUUCCAGAUGGAGCAGAGCAAUAUAUUGAAAAACUUGGUCAAUACAUUCCUAUAAGUGAAGGUGUUCUGAGGACUGCGCUUGACAUGGGGUGUGGGGUUGCUAGUUUUGGAGGAUAUAUGCUAUCUAAAAAUAUUUUAACCAUGUCUUUUGCUCCAAGAGAUUCACAUAAAGCUCAAAUACAAUUUGCCUUGGAAAGAGGAAUACCAGCUUUUGUUGCUAUGCUUGGCACUCGCAGACUCCCAUUUCCUGCGUUUGGAUUUGACUUAGUUCAUUGCUCUAGGUGCUUGAUCCCAUUUACAGCCUACAAUGCCUCUUAUUUCAUUGAAGUGGACAGAUUACUUCGCCCUGGUGGAUAUUUAGUCAUCUCCGGUCCCCCUGUUCAGUGGCCUAAACAAGAUAAAGAAUGGUCUGAUCUCCAAGCGGUGGCAAGAGCCUUGUGUUAUGAACUGAUUGCUGUAGAUGGUAACACUGUGAUCUGGAAGAAGCCUGUGGGAGAAUCAUGUCUUCCCAAUGAAAAUGAAUUUGGUCUUGAGUUAUGUGAUGAUUCAGAUUACCCAAGUCAAGCUUGGUACUUCAAAUUGAAGAAAUGUGUCAGUAGGACAUCUGUUAAAGGUGAUUAUGCUAUUGGGAUAAUUCCCAAGUGGCCAGAGAGGCUAACUGCAAUACCUCCAAGAUCCACACUCCUGAAAAAUGGUGUUGAUGUGUAUGAGGCUGACACUAAGCGGUGGGCAAGGAGGGUGGCACACUAUAAGAAUUCUCUAAAAAUCAAGUUGGGCACUCGAUUUGUGCGCAAUGUCAUGGACAUGAAUGCAUUAUUUGGAGGUUUUGCGGCAGCCUUAAAAUCUGAUCCUGUGUGGGUGAUCAAUGUAGUUCCUGCACUAAAGCCACCCACUCUUGAUGUUAUCUUUGACAGAGGCCUUAUUGGAGUCUAUCAUGACUGGUGCGAACCAUUUUCAACAUAUCCUCGUAGCUAUGAUCUAAUCCAUGUGGCCAGCAUUGAAUCCCUUAUAAAAGAUCCAGCAUCUGGUCAAAACAGAUGUACUCUUGUUGAUUUGAUGGUGGAAAUUGAUCGAAUGUUGCGUCCUGAGGGAACUGUGGUGGUAAGGGAUGCCCCUGAAGUAAUUGACAGAGUAGCUCGCAUUGCCAGUGCAGUGAGGUGGAAGCCUACCGUCUAUGAUAAAGAACCCGAAUCACACGGCAGAGAAAAGAUUCUAGUUGCGACCAAGACACUCUGGAAGCUCUAAUUCCUAUUCCAUGGAUGCACGCAACUGUGUAAUUUAGGUAAACUCCCUUUUCCAUUCUGUGGGGUUGGAGGUGUCAAAGAUAUCUUCUCUAUGCAUCAAACGGGUGCGAUUUUCUAAUUUUGUUCAACAUUCUCUCAUAUAAAGAAGAUAGUGAGGUUAAGAUUUGAAAAAGAUUGGAAGACCCUUGUGCAGUUUUAGGUGGAAAGCGGAAGCCAGUGUUGAUUUUAUUUUCUCUCAACUUAAAGAAUGGGUUGUAAUUCAAAAAUAUAUAUUUAUUAAAAAAGAAUAAUCGUUGAUUCUAAUUCAGCUACAUUUCACUCUUAUCUUUUCUUUUUCAUUUGUAUUUUAUUGUGAUUUUUUAUCAUGGAUUGAAUCCAAAUACGUAUUAGAGAUGUAAUAUUAAAUCAUUUGCGAGUA